CUGGCUGCGGUGCGGCCCCGGGAACGACCCAUAUGGGCCAGGCUCGAGGGGCGGCUAGGCGACCUCACAGCCCCGCCGGCAAGAGUCAGAGCAGGCUGGAGUCGGCCUGAAGUGGCGGGCAGGGAGAGGGCUGGCCAUGCUGGGCAGGCAGCGGCGGCGCCUCGAGCCUUCAGGCACUUUCUUCGCACAGGGGAGGCAGCAGCUCAGGUCCGCGUCGUGCUCUCCGCCGCCUCCUCUUCUCGCUCGUCCCCGCCGCCCGACGAUCGCUCGGUGCCAGCAGCAGCAGCAGGAGCAGCAGCUCGUCUUCCAUGGAGCGCAGCGGCAGUAGCAGCCCGGAGCUGGGCCGGGGCAAGCGGCUCAGCGUGGGGGAGCUGCGCUCGCUCUUCGAGGCACGGUGUGCGGCGGCCGGCGAUCAGCUGCCCGAGCCGCCCAAGAAGAGUUGCCGGCCUCGUAAUGGGGUGCUGCAGCCAGUCAUCCCCCAGCUGACCGUCACCCCGGAGGAGGACAGCGAGGAGGUUCAGCGUAGCCCGGUCGGCGUCCCCCGGACAGAGCCGGACGGCGCCUGGCUGACGACCGACAGCUCGUCGCACCUGCUCCAGUCCUCGCGGCGCCUCUCCACGUCGUCGCUCUCCUCCACCGGCUCGUCGUCUCUCUUCGAGGACUCCGAGGACGACCUCUUGAGCGACUCGGAGGGCAGGAGCCAGGGCAUCGUCCACCUGGAGCACGGCGAGGAAACUCACCAGAAAAAAGCAUGGCAGACAAUAAAAACAAUUGUCAACUUGCCAGUCAUCAGUCCCUUCAAGAAACGGUACUCCUGGGUGCAGCUGGCUGGUCACACAGGAAGUUUCAAGGCAGCUGAUGGUGGGACAAUCUUGAAGCGCUACUCAGAAAAUGAGGAAAAGUGCUUUAAGCUGCUGGUGAAAGAUCAGUUAUAUUCCUGUGUCCCCAUCUUCCAUGGUGUGGUGGAGAGAGAUGGCGAGUCCUAUAUCCAGCUGGAUGACCUUCUCACUAACUUUGAAGGGCCUUGUGUGAUGGACUGUAAGAUGGGGAUAAGGACAUACCUGGAGGAGGAAUUGACUAAAGCUCGAGAGAAGCCAAAGUUGCGCAAGGACAUGUAUAAAAAAAUGAUUGACGUGGACCCUCUGGCACCCACUGCUGAGGAGAACUCACAACAUGCUGUGACAAAACCUCGGUACAUGCAGUGGAGGGAGACCAUCAGUUCCAGUGCUAACUUGGGCUUUAGGAUCGAGGGAAUUAAGAAAGCUGAUGGGACCUGUAAUACCAACUUCAAGACAACUAAGACAAGAGAGCAAGUUCUGCAAGUUUUUGUGGAAUUCAUUAAGGGAGAUACAAUUAUAUUGAAAAAAUACUUGAAGCGUCUGUAUGAAAUUAGAAACAUCCUUGAGUCUUCUGACUUCUUUAAACGGCAUGAGGUCAUUGGAAGUUCACUGCUGUUUGUGCAUGAUGAUAGUGGGCAUGCCAAUGUGUGGCUCAUUGAUUUUGGAAAGACUACUCUUCUCCCAGAUGGGCAAACCUUGGAUCAUAGGAUUCCUUGGCAAGAAGGCAACCGGGAGGAUGGCUAUUUACUAGGACUGGACAAUUUGAUUGAUAUCUUAGAAAGUAUCUUGGAGAGAUGAGAAGAGACUGACCCACAAUCUCUGUGGUGCAUUGCUUCAUAAUUUUUAACUUUUCUAGAAUUGAUCCCUUGGUUAGAGGGAAACAUUUAAAAAAAAAACCAACAAAAUUCUUGCCGGACUUUGAGGACAUUUGUAAAAUACUUGCCUUUUUGUAAAACAUGGAGGAAACCCAAAACUAGCCUGUAGUGGGCCUGUGACAACAUGAGUUGUGCAGGGGCAGCCAUGAAUCUACCAAGCUAAUUUCAGAUUUUAUGGAACAAACAGAAUAUACACUGAACAUUUGACAGUGUAUCAGGACAACUGGUUGUUGGUGAAUCGAGUAAUUUUGUAUUGCCAUUCAGCAAUCUAGAGUAACAGCUAAAUUGCUUGGAUACAAUGGGACUGAAUUCCUACCUAAAAAGGAACAACCAUCAGAAUUAACAGGCGGUCUUCCUUCUUAACCCUAGGCUGUAUGUUCACACUACGGACAGGGCUGUUCACAUUCCAUGCAUUCACAUGUGUGCAGUGUAGCAUGGAAUCUGGUAUAGACGUCUCCCCUUUCAAGUUUGUUUGUUUUAAAUCUUCUAGUUGUCAUAAUGGUGCAGAAAAUUUGGAAGUGUGCACACAGUGCUGCUGAAGCUUCCAAAGCCAAAGAGUUCUUGGAGCUUCUAGCAGUGAAUGCAAGGGUUUGUGUGUCCUUAUCCCCUUGUUCUGUGCUUCCAAGACUCUGUUCCCCUGCCAGUACAUUUUUUUGUCCCUCUUUCCUUUCUUUGCAUUUCUUUUCCUACUCCAGUCUUCGCCGAAAUAUUAUCAACUGCCAACAAAAAAACAAAACUAUUUCAAGCAAAAUUAGUCUGUAUUCUUGCCUUUACUUUUGUAUGGAUUUUAACCCAUACAUACCUAUGGCUAAGAGCAUGUGAAUCUGCAUAAUUUUAUUUUGAGUACAGAAUUUGGAUUUACUUCUUGAAGAGUUUGUGUGUAUCCAUGUCCAUCUCCACUAGUAUCGAUGAGCCUGCUUCGUACAUUAGGGAAAUAUAGUUUAAAAAACGGGGGCUUCUGGUUGACUUUGUAUUAGUGCCCCCUUAAGGCGGCUAGUCUGUCCUUAUCUUCCCUUGAGAAUGCUUUUAAAAUUCUUUCAGAUUUUUAAGUCGGUUACCUAAGAGAUUACACAUUCCAAGGAGAAAACACCAAAGUGCUUCAAGAGUGACAUAAGCACAUUAGUGAUGUUGAGGAUUUUCCACAAGUGACCUGUUAAAUUUCUCAGUGUGAGUGGGACUAUAUUUUAUCAGUAAAUGAAAUGAAUGCUAACUUAAUGCAGUUAAUAACAAAAUGUUUCCUAUCCAGGCAUCAAAAAUAAGCAGGAGUCUUAUGAUACCCUGGAGUCUAAUAAGUUUUUAUUCUAGCAUAAACUGUUGUGGACUAGCCUUGUUAAUCAGAUGUUAUUAUCUGGGGAUCAGAAUUCGAUCUUGCUGCUCACUGGUGAACCGGUUGGCUGUUUGCUUCUAGACCUGCCACUUCCACUUGGAAUUAUCAGCAGAUUUCUGUUAAAAAAAUAGUUCUCUCCAUGAAGAGAGACACAUUUAGGACUGUAAACAUUUAAGUGCUAAGUACUUUCUUACAGUGAAGUAUUAACAAUCCUAUCAGAUGAAAGUGUCAUCUCUACUGCAACUAUUAAUAAAGCAGCUAGCUUCAUUUCCUCUAUGAAGACAAGGCAUCCUGGGACAGGAAACUACUAUAACAUAAACACCUGAGAAAUGAGGGAGACCUGAAGUCACGUUGAGCAAGAGCCAGUAUAGAUCAACCUUGCAAAAUACAUUUGCUGAAGUUCAGUGGUUCAAUUAUUAUUCCAUUGAUUGUCAACUCCAUAUUUUUGCAAAUGUUGACUGAUUCGGAGCUUUUCAGAUUUGUGUUCGUUCUGAAGGGCUAGAUGACAAAGCUGCCCUUAUUCCAUAAUGGACGAGGGGUGAACCACUGGCUACUGCAGGGAUGCUUUUGUAAUCAUGAUUGUUUGAUCACACAUGUAUUGAUCUGUCUUGGUGAUCUGAGGAGUUCUGUGUGCUGCACAUGCUCCACUGUGGCAGGUUCAUGGAGAUCCCUAAUGUUGUCCACUUAGCCCUCAUUAUUGCUUGUGUUUGUCUUUCAUUUUUUCAGGUGUUUACCCAUGGAGUGAAACUUUUUAAAGAAAUGCACUUUUUCUUUCUUUGUCCAUUCUCUGUAGAUCAGUAGAUAGGCUUUGGGAACAAAGAUCUUUUCUGUUCUCCUCUCUGCCACUUACCUUGGUGUCGGUUUCAGCAGCCAUAGUUGCGAGACAGGACUGAGCUAUAGGUCCAUGACAUUAUGAGUGGGAGUAAGCAAUGAAAAGUUUGCCCCUUCUUGGUGCAAGGAAUGCCGUAACCAAGUAACAGGCAAGAAGAUCAAUGGUUUCCCCCCACUGUUUUCCUGCUCCAUGCUUGCUCUGAGAAGAGUUCACUGAAGUGUUGAAAAAUUCCUGACCAAGUAAGUUACAAAUUCACUAAAAUUCAAAACAUUAAAAAAAAUUCAAAAUUACUCACUUUUCACAUUUUCAGUGCAACCUUUGAGCUUACUAUAUUUCAAAACAAGCUACUUUAAGUUAAGUUGGUUAUUAAUCACCCAUGAACCAAAGUUUUAAUCAGGUACAAAACCUGCAUAUAGCAUUUAUUGGAUGGACAAUUUGAAGCAAGAUUGAAAAUACCAGUUUUGCUAUCUGAAAAUGCAUUUCAUUAAGAAAGUCUUUUAAGAUGAAAAGCAACACUUAUGUGCUGCUGCUGCUUGUGUGUGUAGGGAGGGGGGUUGUGGAAGUGGCCAGUUUCAUAGUGGCAGGUGUAGCAAAGUGGCGUGCAGUGGCUUUUUCAAACUGCUUGUGGGGCUUGCUUUAGAAUAGCAAUUUCCAAAUGGUGAGUUACAGGUCAUUUGGUGUAUAGCACAAGAAUGUUGAAGGGAUUGCUUGAGAGGGGCUGAUAGUUGUGUUUUCAGUUUUACCUGGCCCUGCCAGAAAGUCUCUGGGAAGAUUUCAGUAUAUUUAAAAAACAGCUAUUUAACCGCACUAAUAGCCUAUGUUUAAAAUAUCGAUGCAAAGUAAGAAAUGCAAUACACCCUCCCUUCCCCUAGUAUCUUGAAUACCCUUGAACACAUAAAACUGUCUUAUACUGAGUCAGACCAUCCAUCUGUUAAGGUUAGUACCAGCAGCAAUUCUUCAGGGUCUCAGGCGGAGGACUUCCACAUAAUCUGCUGCCUGGUCCCUUUAACUGAAGAUGCCAGAGAUUGCACCCAGGGCCUUUUGCACACAAAGCAGAUAUUCCACCACUGGGCCAUGGCCCCUCCCAGUUUAGGGAACAGUGUGGUCAUAUAACAGCAUGGAGCCUCAAUCAACACAUGUAUCCUCCCUACUUAAAGGAACUUGAGCACCCAGCAGCCUCUGUUCCUCCCCCUUUACUGAUGCUGUGGUUUAUUGAGCUCCACAGCUGCCUCCUGCUAGUGAUCCGCAGUCAUGCUAGCCAGCCACUUCAUCGAAGAGUUCCCAGUUGGCUCUCUGAAACUGAUAAGCUGUUGUUCCUCAGCCCCCACUUCACAGCCUAAUAUUCACUGAUUCUGGCCUAUUCUCCCCACCUUGUUGUUUGCCUACCCCUUCUGUAGUGUUCUGUGGCAUCUGCCUCUUUAUCACUCAUAGCUAGCUGUUUCUCUCUAAAGUGGCACUGAGAGCCAAGCUACAAGUGACUUUUUUCACGUGGACAACACUUGAUCGUUUUCACAAGUUUUCCUGGGAACUGAAGUCCCAGUGAAGUCC